AUGGCUGGAAAACCUGCUGUACUUACAUGUGUUGUGGAUAGUAUGACUGACAACUUAAGACCCACUCGUGCUGAAGCCACUGAUGUUGCCAAUGCUGUUUUGGAUGGCAGUGAUGCAAUACUUCUGGGUGCUGAGACCUUGCGUGGGUUGUACCCUAUUGAGACUAUUUCCACUUUUGGCGGAAUUUGUUCAGAGAAAGAUAAGUUCAAUCCCAGAUGCUAUGUUGCUGCUGCUACUGAUAAUAUGAGUCUUCAAAAGGCUCAGUUGCUGGAGAAUUCCUUGGCAGAUCAGAGUGUGCGCUAUCCUGCAAUACCAGAUGGCCAUGAGAUUAGGAAAACCAAGUUAAAGACCAUGAUUGAAGUAUCUCGAGGCAGCGAAUAA